ACCAAACUAAAGUGAAAGACGAAUAACAAAACAGCUGAUUGAUGGACGUUCAUACAGACGUAUAGUUUGCAUUUUCAUAAUCAUCAAUCAGUACAACUGUAUAAUCUUCACUCAUUCUUCACUUGAUAUCUUAUUUACAGUGUGUUCGUAAAUGGAAAUAUGGAGUUUAUUAUUUACAGUGGGCCAAAAAAAUCAUGACAAAUUACUAAUUUUGUCGGUUAUCACAGUUUAUUUCGUUAUGUACAUUGUAUAGCAAGCCGAAAAGAGAGGAACAGAACUGGAAGAUUGUGAGGAAAUUUCCUGUGAAUAACAAGUUAAGAUCUGGUGGGCAGCAGGAGUGAGUGAAACAGGAAAUUUGAUAAUAGUAGUUUUGUUGGUGAGCGUUGCUUUCAUGAAAGCAUUCCCGCUUCCUACGCUUCACUGGGCAUAGCUCUAUUCUCCUCCUACACGUUUCCGCCCUUUUUUUGAAAGGUAAGCAAUCCCCUUUUUAUCAAUAUGCCACCGCAAUUUUGAAUUUCAAAAUCAGGAUUCUAAAGAAAUGACGGUAAAUUAGUCUAUAGUUGUGUGGGUCCAUCAGAUUUGUCCGCACAGAUAACAUCAAAACCUACCAAAGAGGUAUAUCACAUUUUCCCCUCAAUUCAUAAUUUGUCAUCAUCCUCAUCCGAGGUACCUUAGACGUCUGUUAAUUCUGUUGCAGCCCGUCGCCAUUAGCCAUCAUUAUUUCCAUUGCUUUCCGUGUUGGGACAAUGUAUAAACUUAAUAGAUUUUACAAACCAGAGCGUGUGGAAUAGAAAGAUAAGAGAAGUAGAGAAUUGAACUUAGAGUAUGAAUAUGGAGCAAUGUUCGCACAUAGAAAGGAUUGGGACAGGGAUGGAAGGAAUUAUAUCACAAGAAAAAGGUGGAGUUGGUGUUGGUGCUGAUUCAACUGAGAAUGGGGAUGGGGAUGGGGACGGGGUUGGAGAUGUGAAGGAGGGAGAUGGGUACAUAAGAAGAAGGCUUGGGCAGGUGAUGACAGAUGAGCAGAUGGAUAUCCUUCGAUUUCAGAUAUCAGCCUAUGCAACCAUUUGUCAGCAUCUGGUUGAAAUGCACAAGGCCAUCAUGGCGCAACAAAAUACUCUACCUGGUUACAGGUUAGGGAAUCCCAUUCUGUAUGAUUCAAUGAUGGCUAUUACAGGCCAUAAGAUGACCGGUCGGCAGCGUUGGACACCAACCCAGAUGCAGCUUCAAAUUCUUGAGAAUAUAUUUGAUCAAGGAAAUGGAACUCCAAGCAAACAGAAGAUAAAGGAGAUCACGGCUGAGCUUUCAGAGCAUGGUCAGAUAUCUGAAACUAAUGUCUAUAAUUGGUUCCAAAAUAGGAGAGCUCGUACAAAAAGGAAACAACAAUUGGGUCCACCCAACAAUGGUGAAUCUGAAGUGGAAACGGAUCUUGAUUCUCCAAAGGAAAAAAAAGCCAAGACAGACCAAAACCCUCUCCAGGAAAGUCAAGCUGAAAGGUUACCUGAUAUGAGAUUGAAUUGUUCUGAAGGAAUAUCUGAUCAUCAUCAAUUUGAAUCCCAACGGCAUGCAUCAGCAGUAGCUUUGCGUUCAUACCUUGACUCAAAGUCUGUACUGAAUUUUAGCAGAAUCCCAUCAUUUGAUCGUGAAUUAACUGCUGCAAGAAAUGGACAGCUGGUAAGAGUGGAUGAGCCAGUGGAUAAUCUAACCUAUAUUCAUUCUGGGGAAGGCUACCCCUUGAUGAGCAUGGCAACUGAUCUUGGAGUUACAACAUCAAUGCUUUCAGAAUCAACAGAUAGUCGUUCAAAAUGAUGGCUAGGGCUGUGAUAGUAUUUUCAGAUUAUAUGGCCUCAGACAAGCUAGGUUUGUGGACGGAUGGCACAUUGAUUAUGGCAUUAGGAUUGCACAGAAAACUAUCCAUUCUCCUGAAUUCAUUCACGUGCUUGUAUUUUUGUUAAUUUAGACUUGUAUAUAUCUUUUGAUAAAGUCAAUUGAAAUUUUAUCAAUGUGAUUACUCUUAAUUUGGUAUUAAUAUCUUUUGAUAAAUUCAAUUGAAACUUUAUUGAGGUGACCCUGCUU